CGUAAAUGAAAUGCCAGUUCCCCUUUUUUUUCCUUGUAACAUUGUAUGUUUAAUAAGAUGAUUUUAUAAGCACAACAGCAGGGGAUUCCAUGUAGGGCACAGUGAGCACAAUGCCUUUGAGUGUGGAUGGAGCUGCAUUCACAGUCCUGCUGCUGUCGUGCUCCUAGGGCUGCUUGUAUUCUCCCAGCUCCCUCCAGACUUGUGUAGUAUUUGAGCUUUCUAGCUGGAGGCGGGGGCAGCAGGGCUUGAAGGAGGAUAAAGAGAGCACAUCAAUUAUUAAUCCAUUGCCACUUCUCCCUGGAAUCAGCUGGAGGAAGUGCUCUGGCCACUCUCCUCUCUGGUAACCCUAGUGGGGCUAUAACAAGCCCAGGCAAGUCAACUUUUCCCCGAUCCCUCUACAGGCAAAUGUAGGGCAAGCAGCAGAUGUGCUCAGUCCUCAUCCCGUUAGGCUGGAUUACUGGAGUCAUGCGAGAGGAGGAAUCUCUAAAAAGGAUACACUGAUGCAUUCAUGCUGGAAUAUGAAGCUUCAGAAUGAGAAAACUCUGGGGCAUUCAGUCAGCCGUUCCAGCAAUAUUUCCAAGGCUGGAAGCCCGACUUCUGUUUCUGCUCCCAGCAGAUUUCCUCGGACAUCAGUGACUCCAUCCAGCCAAGAUAUUUGCAGUUCCAGUCCUCUAUUUUCUGAAUGUUGUCAUCAAAGUCCAGUUCAGUCUGCUGUUGUCUUGAAAAAUCCUCAUUGCCAGAAUUCUAGGACACCAGAGGUCACUGUGACCAUAGUUUGUCAAGAUGGUUUCUCAAAGAAAAGUUCCUCUUCCCAGGGUUGCGGCAGUAUCCCCAAGUCUUCAAAGGCCAAGAGGGCCAUUCCUUUUUCGAAAUCAUUGAACGAUGUGGACAAAAAGGCACAGAAAAUAUGGGGGAAAGAUGACUAUGUCGAACGGACUAGUUCAGAUGGAGUAUUACUUCCAGAGGAAGAACAUUACUUUGGGAAGAAUCUGUUUCAGUUUCAAGAAAAUAGAACUAAACCUUUAAAUCCAAUUACUCUGAACAACAUUGAUGUUCAAGGGCAAUCUGUUUCUUCUAAUGCAUUAAGCGCUUCUGGAAUUAGUAGUCCUGGAUCCAUAUGUGUACCUGUUAUGGAUGAGAAAGCAGAUAGUGAUUCCUCAAAAAGCAAAACUUUGCUCCACUAUAUAUUUUCUUUCUCUCCAACCUCAAGUGUCCAUACAAUAUACAAUUCUCAGGAGAUCAAUGGCUAUUCUAAAAGUCUUCAUGCAGGCACAUCUUCUAGUUUGCUUUUGGGAAGCACUGAUUUUUGUUCUGAUGAUAUUGGGGAUGAUGAUGUAUUUGAGGACAAUGGCUCAAUAAAAGAAGACUCUCAAGAACAAAGAGCUCCAUUGUGUUCAGUUGAGGACAGUGAUCUUGAUUGUCCAUCUCCCAUUUCAAAAAAAAUCCCCCCGCCAUCCCCUAUUUCAUCAUCUGGGGAUUUAUGCAGGAUAUGUCACUGUGAAGGCGAUGACGAGAGUCCACUUAUUACGCCGUGCCACUGUACAGGAAGCCUUCACUUUGUACACCAGGCUUGCCUCCAGCAGUGGAUCAAGAGCUCCGACACACGAUGUUGUGAACUUUGCAAGUUCGAGUUCAUUAUGGAAACCAAAUUAAAGCCUUUGCGAAAAUGGGAGAAGCUGCAAAUGACAGCCAGCGAAAGAAGGAAGAUAAUGUGUUCUGUAACAUUCCAUGUCAUCGCUAUCACCUGCGUCGUUUGGUCCCUGUAUGUUCUUAUAGAUCGGACAGCAGAGGAGAUCAGGAUGGGCCAAAAUAAUGGUAUUCUGGAGUGGCCAUUUUGGACUAAGUUGGUGGUUGUUGCCAUUGGCUUCACAGGAGGACUUUUAUUCAUGUACGUGCAAUGCAAAGUGUAUGUCCAGUUAUGGAAAAGACUUAAGGCCUACAACAGGGUCAUUUACGUACAAAACUGCCCAGAGACUUGUAAAAAGAAAAUUUUUGAAAAAAGCGUCAUCAUUGAGCCAAAUCUGGAGAGCAAAGAAGCUCUUGGAAUUCACCACUCUGAUACAAACUCAUCUUACUACACGGAACCCGAGGAUUGUGGGGCAGCGAUCCUUCAGGUUUAAAGAUUCCUUCUCCAUUCUUUUUAGGAAACAUUGGUUUACCGACUGCAGGCAGCAGUAGAUUUAAUGACGUCCUGGCAUUUUUAAAACAUAUUUUUUGGCUUUUCAGUCCAUGGUUAUGUAUUCCAUCCAGCCAUUUAGACCAGUGGUCGUCACAGUUUUUAUACCUCUUUCCAUUCAACAAAAGAGACACAGCAUUUUCAGGACCACAAUGAGAACAAUCAGGAGCAAGCAGGAUGUGGAUAUCGGUUGGAGAAUUCCAUAUGGCCUGUCACCUUACAGUUUAGCGAAUGAGGCUCCCACAUUAGUGCGGAAUACUGGCAUGUCCACUGCUCUUGUGUCCAACACCACCUUUUCUGGGUUUUUGGGUUUUAGGAGCCUGCUUAAUACAGUAUACCAGUCACCAGAGCAUUAAGCACUUUUUGAAAAUGUUUUGUAUCCGUGAAUUGAAAGAUUGUUUCGUUACAGCACAGAGAUACGUUCUGUGUCCUUUCUAGUUUAAUUGAUGUGGAGCCUCUUGCCUUACAUGCUGUAUAUAAAAUGUUUCUCUUCACAACUCUUUUCAUUUUAAACUUAAACAAAAAAAAAAAAAUUCUGCCUUGUGGUUUCAGGAAAAAAAAAUAUGUAACUGUAAGUAGUCGGCAAUUAAGAUUUUCUACCACCUGUGUUGAACACUUUUUUUUUUUACUGAAAAGAAAAAAAAUUGCACAAAUUGGUAGACCUUGAAUUUAUGGUGUAAUAUUGAAUAAAAUAUAGAACUUU